CAGCCACAGGGUCUCCUUCCUCUUCUUUUUCCCCUUAUAUAAAGAAAACCCCCAAUCCGACCCGCCUCCUCACAAACCCUAUCUAUCUCUGAUUCUCUGUCUCUCUCGUAUUCUUCUUACUCUUUUUUAUUUUUUUAUUUUCUAUCUAUUUGUUUCUUUCUUUCUUUUCUUUUCCCAAAUGCUCAGCACCACACAUUCCUAGAUAGGCUGCCCCAUAAUCUCUGCUUCAUAUCUUCCUUCAUAUCUAUCUCAAUUCGUCUCCUUUCCUUUUCCAAAAACGAGAAAGAAAAACAAAAAAGAUGUCGAGCUCGUUUUGAUAUCUUGGUUUCUUUUAUAUCUCAAAACCCUAUUCUUGUUUUCUCGCUUAAAUCUUCAAAAGCCCGAAAACUUGAAUAGGUCCAAUUUUGAGGGAUUUAUUUUUUUAUUUUUUUGGGUCAUAUUCUUAUCGUUUUUACGAUUUUAUUUUUUGGGUUAAUUCUUUUGGGAAAAUUUUAGAUUUUGAUUUUUUUUGUUUCGAUAUAUUCUUUUGUGGGGUUGUGGAAAAAUGGCUAUCCCGUAUCCCCAUUUCAUUGCUUCCGAGAAAUCGGCCAUGGAAACCGGUAUUUUGGUUCCUUCACCGUCAUCUUCCACCGUACCCCCUGUGAUUCUGACCCAGGACGAGUUGAAGAAGAUCGCGGCGUACAAAGCCGUCGAAUACGUCGAGUCCGGCAUGGUACUCGGCCUGGGAACCGGUUCGACGGCGAAACACGCCGUCGACCGAAUCGGCGAGCUCUUGCGCCAGGGAAAGCUCGAGAACAUUAUAGGAAUACCCACUUCGAAAAAGACCCACGAACAGGCUGUGUCACUGGGAAUUCCAUUGUCCGAUCUCGAUUCCCACCCCGUCAUCGAUCUGGCUAUCGACGGUGCUGAUGAGGUAGACCCGCAUAUGAAUUUGGUUAAAGGCCGAGGUGGGUCGCUUCUGAGAGAGAAAAUGGUUGAAGGGGCUUGUAAGAAAUUCGUGGUCAUUGUUGAUGAAACCAAGCUGGUUAAGUAUGUUGGUGGGAGUGGUUUGGCUAUGCCGGUUGAGAUUAUCCCCUUUUGUUGGAAGUUCACUGCUACGAGGCUUCAGAACUUGUUCGAGUAUGCGGGUUGUACUGCAAAGCUCAGAACUUUUGGAGAAAAUAACGAACCCUUUGUCACAGACAAUGGGAACUACAUCGUAGACUUGUAUUUCAAGAAAGAUAUGGGGGAUUUAAGGGCUGCUAGCGAUGCAAUUUUGCAACUUGCUGGUGUUGUUGAGCAUGGAAUGUUUUUGGAUAUGGCGACCACUGUGAUUGUUGCAGGGGAGCUCGGUGUCAAGGUGACGAAUAAGCAGCGAGAUGUAUGAAGCCCUGAGACGAGUUUGAGAAAUGGGUAUCUAACUCUUUUUUAAAUAUAUAUGUAGAAGCCAAUUGAAAUUAUAAUUUUCCAGUCAAUUUUAGGGAAACUAUUUGGCUGGUAUAUUUGUUGUAACAGGGGACUUUUUUUUUUUUUCUUUUUUAUUUGUUUGGCUUUCAUAGAAUCGGCUUAUUCGAUUUGUGGUGAAGGUCUCCUCAAUUUUUGAUAAUGUCCCUGAAAUUUUUAGCAAGAAACUGUAGUAACUUUUGAAUUUUUGUGGACGGCUGAGUGACUAGUGUUCAUACUGGCUGUCUCGUUCUUUAGACUUGCAAAAUUCAACCUCAUUAAUUAUUUAACGCCAACUGAUAACACUGAUUUAUUGGAAUAAAAUGCCUCAGACUAAUUGUUGAA